CUACGACGUGCAAGGGUGCGCAUUGCGUCGCUAUUUCCUCCGUAUAAAACGGUGUGUAUGCCGCGCAAGCGCAUCAGUUUGUGACAGAACACUUGGACUGACACACAAAAAUGAAGACAGUCGUGAUAUUGGUGGUUACCGUGGCGGCGAUCGCCCAUGCUCAGUUCCCCAAUGGCCGCAUCCUGGAGCCUCCCGUACCGUCCCUUUGCGUGCAACGAACUAUCCACGAGAGAUAUGCUGAUAACAAAGGAUACUUCUUCUCGUGGAGGGACCCGGCGCUGCGAGGCGUUGAGGAAGAUUGGUUGAGCGCCAGGAACUACUGCAGACAACGGUGCAUGGACCUUGUCUCGUUGGAAACCAGCGACGAAAACGAGUGGGUCAAGGCUCGCAUCGUUCAAGAUAAGCAAAAAUACAUCUGGACGUCUGGCCGUCUCUGCGACUUCAAGGGCUGCAACCGUCCCGACUUGCUUCCCAACGAAAUCAACGGUUGGUUCUGGACCGCUGAACUGCAAAAACUGGCUCCUACCACAAACCGCCAGCAGAACGACUGGUCUGAAGGCGGCGGCAUCGGCAAACCUCAGCCAGACAACAGGGAACUGAUCCAAGGCGGCGCUGCGGAGCACUGCGUGGCGAUCCUGAACAACUUCUACAACGACGGCGUCCACUGGCACGACGUGGCCUGCCAUCAUCGCAAACCCUUUGUCUGCGAGGAGAAUGACGCGCUACUCAAAUACGUCAGAUACACCAACCCCAACUUGAGAGUUUAAUCUUAAUUUUUAUAUUUGCUACCUAACCAAUGAAUCGAUAAACAGUUCGCACCUUUUGAAAAGAAUAUUACAAAUUUGUAAGUGUGCUUCACCAAAUUGUUAAAAGGAAGACAUUUUUCAAUAUAAAUAAACCAGACGCACAACCAAACAGAAUAAAGUACAAAUGCUUCAAGAGUGUAAAAUAAAAAAAAUUGUAGUAGAACAUAUUAAUACUGCCGAAUAUUGACAAGACAUUGCUGUGAACAUUCAAAUCUGUUGUUAGCUUUAAAUAUACCUCAAUACAUAUUUAUUUCAUUUGUAUAGCUAUAUUUAUGUUUGAAGCAGAUGUUGAUAUUACGAUAAGUAUUUAAGAUCUGUCAAUAAAGACUGCUUUAAUAAUAAAAA